GUUUACGAUAGUUUUCAUCGUUUUACGGCGACGUAAAGUCUAUCAGGAGAGGUAAACAUGUGGAGAGUUAAGUGACCAAAAAAACCAAAUCCUAUGAUGGAGAACUACAGGAAGGCUCGGACAGUGGAACAACCAUCUGUCUGUCCGUUCACCAGUCUCCCCCCUGACACGCCAGAGGUCCGUGUCAAAGACGGCAGCAAGAUCCGCAACCUGCUGCGCUACGCCCUGAGCCGUAUGGAGGCCAAACCCCGAGCAGCUGAAGAGGAGGGACGACCCACGCCUGAGGAGGGAGGCAUGGCUGUGGAGGAACAACAGGAAGCACCAGGCCGCCCGCUCUGCAAACAGAUCAUCUUCACUGCGAGCGGUAAGGGCGUCUCCAAAGCCAUCACUUGUGCUGAGAUUGUGAAGCGGCGCAUGAAGGGGCUCCACCAGCUCACCAGGCUGCUGUACAGCACCGUGGUGGAGGUGUGGGAGCCACUGGAGCCCGCCGCUGGCCUCGACAGCCUGACAGUGAGCAGGAACCUGCCCGCCAUCUGGAUCCUCCUUUCCAGAGAGCCCCUGGACAGCAACCAGCCCGGAUACCAGGCACCAGGCCGAUACGACGCCCUGUGGGCUCAGUCCACUAACAGGGAGGAGGGUGGAGGUUUCACCGGACAGAGACCAGGACACAGGAGGAAGAGAGGAGGAGGUGGAGUGGGCGGAGGCGCCAGAGGAAAGGGAUCCAGCCGUCAGACUGGACGGUCCAGAGAGGCCGCUAAAUGACAGAGCUGAUCUCUACAAACUGGACAUAAAGGCGACUGAAACACUGUGAAGGAGCAUGAAGUGAACUCUCAGUGGAAACUUAAAGCACAGGAGCAGCAGUUUGGUUCAGUGGCUUCAGUUUGUUUCUCUGAGAAGAGACUUCAAAUUAUUUGCAGAGAGAUGAUCCAUCACAGCCAGCAGCUCUUCUUCUUAUUGUUAUUGUUGGGGAACACUGACUUAUUUAGCCUUACAAUCUCAACUCCAGGUCCAGUCGCUUGCUUGCUCAGGUUUUUGAUAACAGCUGCUAACAAAGACUGAGUGAUGCAGUCAAAAGCUCCGGAUCAGGUGAGUAAGUGGACCUUGAGUUGAGGUUGUUUUGUUUGCUGCUUGAUGUAAGUGACAGUUUUGGUGUUAUUAUGUUUGAAGAACAGUUUUCAGCUCUGCCUGUGAUGAUCUCUCCAUCACUCCGUCACAGUGUAAACUCUCCGACUAAUGAGGUAUGAUUUUAAAAAUCAGACAAACAUAAGCACAUGACAGCUGUGGUCAGAAGCAAACAGCCGAAGGAAUCUAAAAGUUGACGCGAUGGAUUAGCUAAUGGGCUAAAACAGGAACCACCAAUUUAAGUCUUUUCAGAAUCUGCCUUUCUGUGUUCAGUCUGGGUUUUUCAUCAGAUGCCAUCUGCUUUUUGUCUGUAAAGGUUUCAGUUCCACACAGAUCACAGGUCUUUGACCUGACCUUGGUUUUCUGUCUGUUGUAAUAUGUUCAUACAUUAAAACAAGGUUUGUGUGUC